UCUUGAAUUAAGACAUUGUUUUACAUGGGGAAGGUUUGACCACAUUUAUGAAUCAAUCAGAGAUAUAAUUAAAUGUUGCUAUUAGUCAACAACGACAGAAUGAUCCGGUGCAUUUCGUUUUUGAUUUAAGAAAAUCAAAAUUUAAGAAAAUAAAAUGGAAUCAAUUCUCAUUGUUAUUGUUUUAACGGUGCUAGGAGUUAUUUGCGGACAAGAAUAUGCCGGUGGAGGUAUUCCUAUAAGGCCUCCAGGUGGAACAAUCUGUGACCGUGCGAGAUGUAUUCGGCCACAAUGUCCUGGCGGGGCUAAGCCACAGAUAAUACAUAAGCAAUGUUGUCCCUCUUGCCCGCCGCCCGUUGGACCCGAUUGCUCAAGGACAUUUUGUACACUGGAUAUUAAGAUUUGUGCGGACGGGCGGCAAGCUUCUGUCCCACCUGGAGAAUGUUGUCCACGAUGCAUCGACCCACCAAAUACAGGUACAAAGCCUGGUCAAUGUCCACAGAGACGCGGCAGUGCUUGUAGAUCCGUGCAUCCUGAAUGCAACGGAGAUUACUCUUGUCCCGGAAGUCAAAAAUGCUGCAGUUACGGUUGUGGACGCCGAUGCACUAGACCUUUGUUUGUGGGAAAAUAUCGCAGAUGAAGUCAAAAUAAAGUUACAAACGACGUGAAGAUCAAGGACUGUAACAUAUGUUUUUGAGUAAAUUAUAAUGUUAGGUUUUCUAUAUCGUAAUAAAUGACAUUUUUUAGGUGUAUUUCAAAUUUAGCACUUCAACAAUGGUGUCUUAGAUGUCGUUUAUAAUUAAAGCUUAACCAUUGCAAACUGAUAUGUUAGAUGAUAUAAAUAUAAUUUUAAUGCACGCAAUGUAUUUCAUAUAACAUUUAUGUUUAGAAUGAACAAUAAAUGCAUAACAACA